CUCUCGGUGUUGUCUUUCGUUCGACUCGUCGUCAGUCGAUUUCCAUCCCGCGAACGCGUUUGUCGUAUCGAAACAACGGGAGAUCGCAGAUUCCAUCAACCUCAGAAAUUGUUAUAACACGUUAAAAAACUAUUGUGCAUCGAUUGUACCGUAUUUAACAUAUCGUUUUCGAAUUAUCUAAAAACCAAGUGGUUAUAAAAGUGAUCAAACGCAAAACAAACGCAGAAAUCACGCGUUCCUCCGCUUCACUUUUAUCGUAAACUAUUUACUCGCUGUUUCGAUAAACUUUGGAAACUAAAAAUGUGGAUCGAUGUGAUAAAACAAGACUCCUGCUAGGAUAAAAAAAAACUCGAUAAACGACGCCAAAUGUCCACAAACAACCUGAACCAGCUCUUUGGUGUUCUCAAUCUCCAUUUUUAAAUUUCCUAAGCAUAUCUGAGACAACGCUUGCUCAAAGAAACAAUCAUCGAACGAGGGUGUUUGCACUUAAAAACUAAUUAUGCCGAACAGCGACUAGCUGAGCGAAGAGGACCGUCCAGGAGGACGAUGAGCGGGAACACCGAACCGGAAGUGCACAGAAGAUGACCGCGUUGAUGGCCUGCGACAACCUGACCGACUUCGUCGGUCAUUCCCGCGGCCUUGACCUGGCGUUCAACGCUCGACCAUGGCAAAACCUGAGCGAUCCUGACCGGUUGCUUCGCUUCGAAUCGACGAGCAACGUCACGUGCCUGGAACACGCGCCACGUUUAACGCCUGGUAUCUUCUUCAAGGUCAUCAUCCUGACCAUCUUAGCGAUCCUCAGCUUCGUGGGGAACGUGGCCACCAUCUAUUCGAUCGCGAAGAACCGCCGGAAGCAGCACAGAUGGUCCACGGUCUACGCUUUGAUUCUGCACCUGGCGGUGGCCGACCUGCUGGUCACCGUGUUCUGCAUAGGCGGGGAAGCGAUGUGGAGUUACACGGUGACAUGGAUGUGGGGGAACGCCAUGUGCAAGCUGUUCAAGUUCCUCCAGGUGUUCAGCCUCUACCUGAGCACGUUCAUACUCGUGCUGAUCGGCGCUGAUCGAUUCAUCGCCGUUAGGUAUCCUAUGAAAGGAUUGAACACUGGUCACAGGUGUCUGAGACUGGUCAUCCCCGCGUGGAUACUGUCCUUCGUCCUGGCGAUCCCUCAGGUCAUCAUAUUCCACGUGGCAAAAGGUCCAUUCCUUGAAGAAUUUGAUCAAUGCGUAACACAUGGAUUUUACACAGAACCAUGGCAGGAGCAACUUUACGUGUCUCUCAGUUUGAUUUUCAUGUUCCUGUUACCUUUAGUCAUCCUUAUCACCACUUACGUUUCUACGAUAAUUACGAUCUCUCGGAGCGAGAGAAUGUUCAAACUAGAAUUGAGUAAUAAGAACGUGUGCAGAAUGAACGGGGACCUAAACAGAAGGAAGUUGAUGCAUCGAGCAAAAAUGAAAUCGUUGAGGAUUAGUGUCGUCAUCGUAGCCGCCUUUAUACUUUGGUGGACGCCAUAUUACGCGAUGAUGAUAAUCUUAAUGUUUCUUCAUCCUGAUAAACGCGUUAGCGAUGAAUUACAAAACGGAAUCUUCUUCUUUGGCAUGAGCAACAGUUUAGUAAAUCCUUUGAUAUACGGUGCGUUUCACCUAUGGCCGCGGAAAAAGCGUCGGAAUUCUUAUCAUAGGGAGUUGUCUACGCUACAACGACGACUUACGCCGACUAACCACGAUAGCAGCUUCAAACGAGAUCCGCGGGAGAUGCGAGAACCAUUUUUAUCAAAAAAUAAUUCAAAUACUACUAUUUGAAUAUUAAAUGCGAAGUUUCAGAUCGAAACAUUUUCAUCAAACUUUCAACACCGACGAGAAAAACAAUAGGCAUAUACACACAUCAUUAUUAUAGUAUGAAUCCUGUAUUAUUUUAUUAAAUUUUGAUGUGGAUAUUUAAAAGUUGUAUUACUUUAUGCAGUAUGCUGACUGCCAACGUGUUUAAAAUACUUUACGUGACGUUUAUAAAUUUUUACAAAUUCUUUUUCUUACAGAUGAAAUUAUUCAUUUUUCUUCCUAUAAAUAUACACAUAUAAAGAUUAAACAAAUGUUGGAUAAUAGUAGUUAAAUACAAUUUUUAAACAUUCUGCAUUGAAACUUUUCAAUUUCAAAACCAAUAA